AUGGACCGGUCAAAAGAAGAUCUAAACAUCACGCACCUGGAGGACGAGGAUGAGGAAAUCAUAGAGCUUCCUCAUGUUGACAACUCCCAUCUUAUUGCCAGAUUCAGCAGAAGCCUCGUCGGAAUAAUGUUCAAUAGCGAGAUAAGGAGUACUGAUGCUCUUAUUACCUUUAUGCCAAGACAAAACAUUUGGGAUGUUGAAGGAAGGGUCCAUGGAAUAGAUCUGGGCAACUCAAGGUUUCAGUUUGACUUUGACUCUGAAGCAGAUCUUUUGAAACGAUGGACUCCCCAUGUUGGUGAAACCUUCCCAAACAACAAGAUAAUCUGGGUCAGGAUAUCAUGCAUACCUACUCACUUCUGGGUUGAAGAGAACUUCAGCACUACUGGGAAAUGUCUGGGUGAUGUAAAGGCUGUAGAUGCCAGAGUUGCAAGAGUUCAGGUAUCGGUGAAUGCCGAUAAACGUCUCAAGUUCUCUGCAAAAGUUAAACUUGAAUCUAGUGAGAUUGUCAAAAUAGGCCUGAAGUAUGAGAAACUAGGAGAUGAUGCCUUACCAGUAGACACAUCUUCCAUGAUGAAAGAACUUGUACUCUCUUGUUAG